AUGUCUUCGUCGGAGAGUGAUGAUGCCAAUGAUGAAGUGCAUAAUGAUGAUGGUUUAGAUGGUACAUUGGAUGUCAAUGAAACAAGUCAUUUAACAUCAUUAUACAAUUCAUUCGUACCUUCUGAUACUGCACCCGUAAUUGAUCAAUCUUUAGCUUGUACAGUUCGGUCUGCUAUUCAAAGUUUCUCUGUGGGUCAAACUUCACCCCUCUCAACCUUCGGUGAUUCAAUUCGCUGGUAUAUUGAAGCUCCAACAUUAUUUCAGUCGAAUGGAAAUGACUCAUCGUACUAUUUAUCGUUGAAUUCGACGAUUGACCAAUCACAAUUGAAUACUACUAGAGCAGCCAAACUAUUCGUGGGAAAUAUCUGUUACAGAGCCAACGGUAAAGACUUGAAAGAGUUUUUGGUAGCACGCGGUUUUCAAGUCGUGAAUCUCGAACUUGUGAAUAACACAGGCCGUCGUUGCAUUGGUUUCGUCGAAUUUGGUUCGGCAGAAAUUGCUCGACACAUCCUCUAUCGUUUUGGAAGAAAUCCGAGCGAGUUUUGCUUCCGAGGUCGUCAGUUAAAGAUCGAUUAUUGCCGGAAAUCCCAAUCACACUCGAAAGUAUCUAUCGCUAAUAAAAAAUUAUUAGGCAAUGCAAAUGACUUCGAUAUUCGACAAAUUCUUUAUGGCACAUUGAUUAUGGGAGCAGCUAUGAACAAUAUCACCGGCGUGAAUAAUGCAGAUAGCUUCGGUCUGAUUGCCAAUCGACUUGUCAAUAAUGAAGAAAAAGUUCGUAGUCGUUUACGAAUUGAUGAGGAAGAAAGAAAAUUUUUAAUCAUCGUUUCCUAUGGAGAAAAUUUCAAACAGCAUCUCACAUUCGAAUGGACUUUUGGCGCUUUAAAGGGCGAAAAGAUUAGUCCGGUUUUAAUCAACAAUUCAAGUGUUUAUUUACUUGUUGAAUUGAAACGACCACCGGUUAUCAUUCAGACUUAUUCAGAUGCCCAGACCAAUGAAAAAAUCGAUGUGCGUAUGCCGGGAACUCCACUGAUCGGCCAUGCCAAUGCCUGGGUUUUUCAAUUGAAUAGUUCGAGAAUUGUAUAUGAGUAUGGAAAAUUGCUUAAUAUUCUUUGUUGUCAUAAUUUAUCACCACGGCAAUUUGCACAACGGAAUGCAUUGUAUUGUAUUUUUCCCAUACAAAAAGCUAGGGAAAACCUUCGGCAUGUUCAAAUCUUAUCCAACAUUGACUGGGUCAAUGAAAAUCGUCGGAUAGUUGAUCGUUUUCUUCAUGAUCGAUGGCCUCGGUAUCCAUUUGAAAUCAAAUUUGAACUGAUGAAAUUAAUUUCUAAACACAUCAUUACAAUCCAUGAUCUGAUUGUCGACGAAAGCCUCGAUAAAAUCUUAGAGCAAUGUUCAUUAGACACGUUCAUUGCAUGCGUUAAUAAAAUCAUCGAAUUUGCUCCUCGUUGGCUCCACUAUUUUUGUGAUAAUGAGGAUCAAGAAGAAGAAGAGGAGGAGGAGGAGGAAGUAGAGCGAACGUCAACAACAGCAAGCAUACCUAUGGAAGUUGACUUUCCAUCUUUUGACAUUCUCUUGGCAACUGGUUCGUUAGUCAACAUGACCUCAACAGAGCCUCUGUGUCUAACAGGUGCUAUGGUUCGUUCAAUUCGAAAAGAUGAACUUGGUUAUCCUAGCCGUUUUCUCGUCAUUGCACUUAACGAAUUACGACGGAAACACGAACUUCGUCGAAAUUCAGACAGCGGCAUAUAUGUGACCAAACAUGAAUUACAUAAAAUCAACAAGAAUUCGUUUUUCAUUCGGAAAAUUUACAUUACACCGUGCACUAUUCUCUAUGAAGGACCAUACCGUGAAGAAAGAUGCCCUGUGACACGGAAAUUUGCUCGAGAACAAGAAGGAUUUUUGCGUGUCAGUUUCCGUGAUGAAGAUUAUAAGAAACUACAGUAUGCGAAUGCUGAUAUGGGUGUACUGUACAAUCGUAUGAAAGCAAUCUUGAUAAAUGGGGUGAAUGUGUGUGAACGACAAUUCAAUUUUCUUGCAUUUUCAAGUUCACAAUUACGCGAACAUUGCUGUUGGAUGUUUGCAACAAUAAACAACAUUUCUGUGGAGCACAUUCGAGAUUGGAUGGGUGACUUUCGACAUAUUCAUCCUGUGGCUAAAAUGGCUGCUCGAUUGGGUCAAUCAUUUUCAACUUCUCGAAAAGGUCUCGAACUUACCCGUCAGGACUAUAGAAAAAUACCUGAUGUGAAGUCAAACAAUGCAUGUUUUACUGACGGCAUUGGAAUUAUUUCACCACAAUUGGUGAACAAGUUGUACGAAGAAUUAGGUAUUGAGGAAAACGCUUAUCAUCCGUGUGCUUUUCAAAUUCGAUUUGGUGGUUAUAAAGGAAUGGUGUGUUUAGAUGUUGCGAAUCAUAUUCAGGAGCCUACUGUUGGGUUGUAUCUUCGUGAAUCGAUGAAUAAAUUCGACUCGAACAACAAUUCGAUUGAUAUUGUUCGUGUAUCAUCGAUGCCAGCUGCUAAUUUUCUAAAUCGGCAGAUUAUUCUUCUAUUAUCAUGCCUGGGUAUUGGAGAUGAAAUAUUUCUUUCGAUGCAGGACAAAAUGCUUGAUGAUUUACAAGUGCUUACGAAAGAUCCUCAACAAGCCUGCGAGUUCUUGAGAAAUUUCGGUGGAGCAAGUGGAAGUGCGUAUCCGAAAUUUCUAUUGGAGUAUCUGAAUAGAUUUGGUAAAAACAUGGAGCCAUUUGCUCAACACGUUCUUCUAGCCCUUCAAGGAUUUUUGGUGAAAGAAUUGCGAAUAAAGGCACGAAUACUCGUUCCAAAUGCUUGGUGUAUCUUCGGUGUUGUUGACGAAACCAACAUUCUUCAAUAUGGAGAAGUGUUCAUCCAAAUCGAACAACAAAAUGAAGCUGAAUUGAGUCCAAGAAUUCUAGCCGGUCCGGUGAUCAUAACCAGAAAUCCAUGCUUUCACCCAGGUGAUAUUCGUCGAUUGACAGCAGUUGAUGUUCCUGCACUACAUAAGCUGAAAAAUGUGGUUGUAUUUCCAAUGAAAGGUGAUCGACCUCAUCCAGCAGAGAUGUCAGGUGGUGAUCUCGAUGGUGAUACGUUUUGGGUUUGUCAGGAUCAGCGCCUGAUAUUUCAAAAGAACGAACAACCAUUCGAUUAUCAUGAUCAAGCUGUAGAAGAUGCUAAGCAAGUCGAAAUUGAUCAAUCGACUGUGUAUGGUAUCAAAGAUGUGUGUAACUUUUUUGUUGAAUACAUCGAAGCUGAUAANGGUGAUCGACCUCAUCCAGCAGAGAUGUCAGGUGGUGAUCUCGAUGGUGAUACGUUUUGGGUUUGUCAGGAUCAGCGCCUGAUAUUUCAAAAGAACGAACAACCAUUCGAUUAUCAUGAUCAAGCUGUAGAAGAUGCUAAGCAAGUCGAAAUUGAUCAAUCGACUGUGUAUGGUAUCAAAGAUGUGUGUAACUUUUUUGUUGAAUACAUCGAAGCUGAUAACCUUGGCGUGAUUGCAAAUAGUCACUUGGCUUUUGCUGAUCAAUCAACGUGGCGAGCGAAAGCUCCAGAGUGUCUGAAAUUAGCGCGAAUGCACAGUACGGCAGUUGAUUUUGCUAAAAAUGGUGUCAAAGCACCGCGUUUAACGCAAGAUCUUCGUCCUUCGAAAUAUCCUCAUUUUAUGGAGAACAAAUUCAAAGAAAGUUAUCAUGCGACAAGUAUUCUUGGUCAAUUAUACGACGAUGUUAAACAAUUCGAAGAACGUCUACAUUCAAGUCAAGAAACCAACGACACGAAUCUGUUGAAUUUUCCCUAUCAAACAUUCAUUGUUCGCGGAUCAGAUGCUUAUAUGGAAUCAGCGUUGACAACAAAGAAUGAAUAUGAUUUCGAGCUGAGACAAGUUAUGCGACAAUAUGGAAUUCACAAUGAAGCGGAACUUGUCUCUGGAUACAUUCUUAAAUUUACUUCGAAACCAUACGCGAAACAAUCGAAAUUAUUCGAUCUAAGAAAUGAAAUCAGCUAUGCGGUACAUGUCAUACAAGAUAAAUAUUUACGCAUCUUUUAUGAGGAACUUUACCGUGAAGAAGAAGUCGAUGACGAUUUUCAAUGGUCAGAUGUAACGAAAAAGUUAACUUGGGAAAAGCAAUUUACCUUAUUUGAGUUUUAUGCUCGAAAUGAAAUAACAAAGAAUAGCGAAAUCAUGAAGAAAGCAUCGGCAUGGUUUCGUGUUACGUAUAAAUGGCUAAUCGGGGAAAAUCAAUCAAGGAAAAAACCACAGCGAAAGCGUCGAAAACAAGAAGAAAACAAUAAACAACAACGUUUCCUUAGUUUUGCUUGGAUUGUUUACCCAGUGCUCAUGGAAAUUUACGAUAAACGCGAACAAUAA